AUGAGGAUAGAAGGAGAAAAAGGUGUGAAAACACAAUCCGCGCCAAACAUUGGCCGCGGACGCGCAAAAGAAUUUUGGCCGAGCAAUUUCCAACGGGCCGACCGUACGGUCGAGCCGGGAAGGAAUGGCGUGCUCGGCCGGAUUGAUCUAUCGCGCGACAGAAACCGUUCGCGCGGCACGCACGAACCGGAAAGAAAGGCCGCGAUCGGCCGAAAUUUUCGUAUCGGAACGGACCGACCGUGCCGGUCGAUCCGGGAAACAAAUCGGCCUCGGCCGAAAUCGCUCGACCGCGACAAAAUCCAUCGGCCAUCGGCCCAAAACUUUUCUCGGCCAAGGUACACAAUGGCAAAGACAAAAGGAAAUGAGAGUAUGAAGAAGAAGAAGAACCCAUUCAUGGAACCACCAAAGAAACAAAUCAAGCUAGGGAGUAGUAGCUCCAAUGCAAGAGCAGCAAUACCAACUUCACCACAUUCCAUUGAUGCAAUCAAGAACAUGUGGAGAGUCCAAGAAGAGGAGAAGAUGAUUGGGCACUUGUAA